CGGUGAUAUCCCAUUUCAGCCAAUCAAAUUUCCAAUAUAUGCAUACGUGUCAUGCCUCAAUGGUAUGGCAUCUCCAUAAUACCACACCCUUUACCCUAUCCGUUCUUCUCUCUCUAUAUGCCUCACUCUCUCUUUCUCUCUCUUCACUCUCCGCCAUGCCCCCAGCCGCCGGAGCCGUCGCGUUGCACUCUUCCCUUUGCUCCACCGCUUCUGAGAAACCGUAUUCUCCUCUAAGAUCAACCCUUCUGCAUGUGGCACCUAAACCCAAAAGCCUCCUCCAAAGUCACCCACUUUACCCUCCAACCCACGCCAAACUCUCCCUUGAAUUCAAAGAGAAAAUUCUCUGCCUUGAGGUAAUGGGUAUUGAUGCAGGCAAAGCACUCUCCCAAAACCCCGAUCUUCGCACAGCCACCAUGGAAUCCAUACAGUCCAUCAUCACCUUCCUUUUCUCCAAUGGCAUUCUUGAGAAGGACCUGCCCAGAAUCUUUGGCAUGUGCCCCAAGAUUCUCACUGCUGACAUCAAAACUGAUCUUACCCCAGUUUUUGAUUUCAUCUUGAAUGAACUCAAAGUCCCCGAAAAUAGCUUCAGGAGGGUGAUCAAUAAGUGCCCAAGAUUGCUUACAUCCAGUGUUAAAGACCAGCUCAGGCCAGCUUUGGUUUACCUAAGGAGACUUGGAUUCAAGGAUUUGGGGGCCUUGGCUUAUCAAGAUUCUGUUCUCUUGGUGUCUAAUGUAGAACACACCCUCAUCCCUAAACUUAGAUUUUUGGAGACUUUGGGACUUUCCAAGGAUGAGAUUAGGAAUAUGGUGUUGAGAUGCCCGGCACUGCUCACUUUCAGUAUAGAGAAUAAUUUUCAGCCAAAGUAUGACUAUUUUGCUGGGGAAAUGGGGAGUAAAGUGGAGGAGCUGAAAGAGUUUCCUCAGUACUUUGCUUUUAGUUUGGAAAACAGGAUAAAACCUAGACACACCGAGGUUGUGCAGAGUGGUAUCACUUUACCUUUGUCAGUGAUGCUUAAAAGCACUGAUGAAGAAUUUAGGGAGUUGUUAAAGCAGGGAGGUGGCUGACUAUAGUGGGUGCAUUCCAUUAUGUGUAUUUACUUCUGUGAAUGUAAAGUUUUCCAAUGAAGUUGAACUGUUUGAUAAAUUGUUUAUA